GUCAGCCCUGUGAUGCUGUCCAUGGCUGACCCUGGAACCUGUCAGUGCGCUGGACACAGACAAUAACAGAUUGAGCAGAUCUGGGCAGGAUGGCAACAGUCAAGGGUAUCUCAGCUUUCAGUGCUGAGCAAGAAGCACAGGCACUAAGGAAGGCCAUGAAGGGGCUUGGCACGGAUGAAGAUGCCAUCAUUGAGACCUUGACCAAGCUGAACGUUUCCCAGCGCCAGCAAGUUCUGAUCACCUAUAAAAGCACCAUUGGCAGGGAUUUGAUUGAUGACUUGAAGUCUGAGCUGAGUGGGAAUUUUGAAAGGGUGAUCAUUGGUUUGAUGACUCCUACCGCCAUGUAUGACGUGCAUGAACUGAGGAGGGCUCUAAAGGGAGCAGGGACAGAUGAAGGCUGCCUGAUUGAAAUCCUGGCGUCUCGCACCAACGCCGAGAUCCAGCGCAUCAAUGAGAACUACAAACUCCAGUACGGAUCCACCCUGGAGGACGACAUUGUCUCUGACACCUCGUCCCUAUUCCGCAGGGUGCUCGUAUCCCUCGCCACGGGCAACAGAGAUGAGGGAACAUUCGUGGAUGAGGCCCUUGCUCAACAAGAUGCUCAGGCGCUGUAUGCAGCUGGGGAGAAGAAAUGGGGAACAGAUGAGGUGCAGUUCUUGUCCAUCCUCUGCACAAGGAACAGGUGCCACCUGCUCAGAGUUUUUGAUGUGUACAGAGGGAUUGCUAAUAAGGACAUCACAGACAGCAUUAAAUCCGAGAUGUCAGGAGACCUCGAGGAUGCUUUGUUAGCUGUGGUAAAGUGCAUGAGGAACAAACCUGCUUAUUUUGCUGAAAGAUUGUACAAAUCCAUGAAGGGCCUGGGCACUGAUGACAGCACGCUGAUCCGGGUGAUGGUGUCCCGUGCUGAGAUAGACAUGCUCUACAUCAGGAGGGAGUUCCUGGCCAUGUAUGGAAAAUCACUCCACUCCUUCAUCAAGGGAGACUGCUCAGGGGACUACAGGAAGGUUCUGCUCAGGCUGUGUGGUGGGGAGGACUAAAGGAGGCCUGGGGAGCCUGCUGGGUC